CCCCACUCCGCAUAGCUUCACCUUCAAAUCUCCUAGCAAAGAUUCUUUAUCUAGGCUUGGAUACGAAAGAGUAUAUACGUCUUAUUUGGGGCCACGCAUCAGAAUGCACCCUCCAUCUCCCCAACUCCUCCACGCUUUGCGCACAUCCAUCUCAACCACAAAUAUUACCAACCGGUUAUGCGCGAACACCCGUUCGGCGUCUCCCAUCUCCCGAGUUACUCUAUUUUUACAGUCACACCGCAAAAAUAGCAGCAAUGUCCGUCCCAUACGAAUGAUCCCUCGCGCGCACACCGCAAAGCCAGCCAGCCACGACCGGGGCCCGCAGUCAACAGAGGAUACGCAAACGGACUUUGCUGCGCUGAACGUCUUAGGAAAUAUUCCGGCACCUACUACGGCUAUUGACGCCUGCCUGGACAACGGUUUCCAUUUAGAUAACGGCCUUAAGCUCACUAAUGGGGAUGGUCUUCUCCUUGUUGGAGGCGAGGCUUUCUCAUGGAGGCCGUGGAGAGCGGCGGAUGGGGAUAAGAAUGCUAUGGUGAACAAGAAGGGCCAAUUCGAGGUUGAAGAACAGGCUUGGGGGCUUUUAGACCUUGUAUGGCCUCGUCCUGAUCUGUUGAUCAUUGGGAUGGGAGCUUCUGUCUUUCCUCUUUCACCUGAGACAAGGAAGCAUAUCAACUCCCUGGGUGUUCGUGUUGAGGUUCUGGAUACUAGGAACGCUGCGGCGCAGUUCAAUCUGCUUGCGACUGAGAGAGGAGUUUCUGAGAUCGCGGCGGCUAUGAUUCCGAUUGGGUGGAAGGGGCGGUAGAGCCCCUUCUAUUACAUCUUGUGUAACUAUAGGAAAGGACUUUUGUAAUAACAAACCCUAUGACUCUAUUCUCUA